AUGGACAGCGAUCUCCUGCCCCGCGUGGACGCUGCAAGUUUCCGGAGCCUCUGGCAGCGCUUCGAUUCUGACGACAAUGGGUACAUAGAAGGAAAAGAGCUUGAUAAUUUUUUCUGUCACCUGCUUGAGAUCCUGGGCAGUAAAAGCACCUUUACAGAAGAAAAGGUUCAGAGGAUGAAAGAACAAUUGAUGUCAACCUACAAUGUAACUAAUGAUGGACGCUUACAAAUACAAGAGCUUGCAAAUAUGAUAUUGACUGAGGAAGACAACUUUCUGCUACUUUUCCAAAGAGAGACUCCUUUGAAUAACAGCGUGGAGUUCAUGCGGAUUUGGCGUCAUUAUGAUGCUGACAGCAGUGGCUUUAUUUCAGCCGGUGAACUCCGAGAUUUUCUGCAAGAUCUGUUUCGGCAGCAUGGAAAAAACGUUUCCAAGGCAAAACUGCAGGAAUAUACUGAUACCAUGAUGAAGCUCUUUGAUAAAAAUAAAGAUGGCAGACUGGAUCUGAAUGAUCUCGCAAGGAUUUUAGCUCUUCAGGAAAAUUUUCUCCUUCAAUUUAAACUGGAUGCUUCCAGUGCAGAAGAAAGAAAGAGAGACUUUGAGAAAAUCUUUGCACACUAUGAUGUGAGUAAAACAGGAGCUCUUGAAGGUCCAGAAGUUGAUGGGUUUGUAAAAGAUAUGAUGGAGCUUGUCAAGCCCAGCAUUAGUGGUACAGAUCUGGAUAAAUUCCGAGAUAUCCUGCUUCAUCACUGUGAUGUGAACAAGGAUGGAAAAAUUCAAAAAUCUGAACUUGCCUUAUGUCUGGGGAUUAAAAAUACCCCGUAG